GGCUCGGGGCCGGCGACGGCUUCCGGGGGGAACCGGGGCCGAACUGGGGGAACUGGGACCGAACUGGGGUAACCGGGACCGAACUGGGGGAACUGGGGUCUUACUGGCGGAACUGGGACCGAACUGGGACCUUACUGGGGCAACUGGGACCGAACUGGGACCUUACUGGGACCGAACUGGGUGUGACCCCGGUGUGUUCCCAGUGUGACCCCGGUGCAUUCCCAGUGUUCCCAGUGCGUUCCCGGAGCGCUCCCAGUCCGGCCAUGCCGCUGCCCGUGGCUCUCCAGUCCCGCCUGGCCAAGCGGGGGCUGCUCAAGCACGUGGAGCCCGAGCCCGAGGAGGAGAUCAUUGCCGAGGACUACGACGAUGCCCACGUGGAUUACGAGGCCUCGCGGCUCGAGGGGCUGAUGCCGCCCUGGUACAAAGUGAUCGACCCCACCUGCGGCCUGCCCUACUACUGGAACGUGGAGACCGACCUGGUGUCGUGGCUGUCCCCCAACGACCCCAACUCUGUCAUCACCAAACCCGCCAAGAGGCUCAAGGGGAACCCAGGUGAGUCUGCCAGGGCUCCCAAAAACGCUGAGAGGGAAUUUGGGGUCCCUUUGCCCCCCACUAAACCUUGGGGUGUCCCCCCAGAGCCCGAGGAGCCCCCCGAGAGGGGCCACGAGAAGGAGGAGCCGCGCGAGCGCCGCUUCCACCGGCGCGAGGAGCUGGCGCCGUACCCCAAGAGCAAGAAAGGCAGCCGCAAGGACGAGGAGCUGGACCCCAUGGACCCCAGCGCGUACUCGGACGCGCCCCGGGGGACGUGGUCCACGGGGCUCCCCAAACGGAACGAGGCCAAGACGGGCGCGGACACGACGGCGGCGGGGCCCCUGUUCCAGCAGCGGCCCUACCCCAGCCCCGGCGCCGUGCUGCGCGCCAACGCCGAGGCCUCGCGCGGCAAGGACUGAACCCCGAAAUCCGGGACGCCCCCAGAGCUCCGGGGAGCCCCUCCGGCCCCGCUGCGAAGAAGCUCCCGACGUUCAGGAGUCGCCUCGGGGCUCUUCCAGCCUUGGGGGAUUUGUUCAAAUCCCUCUGGGUACCCCCAAAACCUCAGGAGGUUCCUCAGGAACUCCCAAAUUCCCCCGGGGUGCCCCCCAAGUCGUCCAGGGUCCCCCUAAACCCCGUGGGGCCCCCAAAGUCUGGAGGAUCCUCUCAAAUCCCUCCAGGAUCCUCCAACUCACCUGGGGACCCCCCAAACCUCCUGGGACCCCCAAACUCAGGAGGAUGCCCCCAGAUGCCUCCAGGACCCCCUAGUUCAUCUGGGGUUCCCCCAAAUUCCCACCCACACCCAAGGGGAUCCUCCCAAAUCCCACUCCAAAGCUCCUCCAAACCAUCCCCAACCCCCACAGCACCCCCAAAGUCCAGGGGUGCCCCAAAUCCCCCAGGAUCUCCCCCAGGCCCUUCCCCAACUUCCAGGACCUCUCACAAACCCCACAGGGUCCCCCCAAACAACCCGGGACCCCCCAAACCCCCCCCCCCCCCCCCUUUUGUUGCAAUAAAUGCAUCAUAGCCCCUGG